GUUCAACUUCCUAAAAUCGACGUCUCACUGUGAGAUAAGCUGAGUUGACAAGUAUGACAAUCUUUCUUUUUUCCUACAAGGUAACGGAAAGGGAGUUAAAAUCUGGUGGAGCCAACACCCAGGUGACGGAGAAGAACAAGAAGGAAUACAUCGAAAGAAUGGUGAAGUGGCGAGUGGAACGUGGCGUGGUACAGCAGACGGAGGCCCUGGUGCGGGGCUUCUAUGAGGUCAUAGACUCUAGGCUUGUCUCCGUGUUCGAUGCCAGGGAGCUGGAGCUGGUGAUAGCUGGCACGGCAGAAAUCGACCUAAAUGACUGGCGAAAUAACACCGAGUACCGGGGAGGUUAUCAUGAUGGGCAUCUUGUGAUCCGCUGGUUCUGGGCUGUGGUGGAGCGCUUCAAUAAUGAGCAGAGAUUAAGAUUACUUCAGUUUGUCACAGGAACCUCAAGUGUGCCAUAUGAAGGCUUUGCAGCCCUUCGAGGAAGUAAUGGGCUUCGGCAUUUCUGCAUAGAGAAAUGGGGGAAAAUUACAUCUCUCCCCAGGGCACAUACAUGCUUCAAUCGAUUGGAUCUUCCACCUUAUCCCUCAUACUCCAUGUUGUAUGAAAAGCUGUUAACAGCAGUAGAAGAAACCAGCACCUUUGGACUUGAAUAAAGAAAUGGAAACUCACCUGACAUUUUCCUGGACAGUGAUGUCACCCUUUCUGGAAUAAUUCUCCUUUCCCUUUCCCUCAAUCAACUCUCUUUUGAUUUUGGUAUUCCAUGAUUUUUAUUUCUAAACCAAAUCAGGAUUGACAAAAGCUGUGCAUGAAGAACUGCCUUCUUCUAAGAUCUAACCUUCAGGCUUAUCUCCUCCAUUUUCAAUGAACUGCUAGCCUGUAUGCAAUAUUAAAAAAAUAGCGGUCUCAAGGUCUGUGUAUAUCUCCAUAUACCUCCAUUACUAACAAUGAAAUAUGAAUGCAAGUUAUGCUACACUUGACCAAAUGGUAAUAAAUGUUUACUUCCAUUUGUAUAAUUUAAAGAAAAUUUUGAGCAUUAAGCAUUCCAAGCUUUUAUGUGCCCAUGUCUUCUGAGCAGAGCCACAUUUUUAAAAUCAUUUCUAACAACCAACUCCAGAACUAGAAGUUGAUCACCCUUUUCUUUCCCUUCCACUUUACUUUUCCCUAUCCACAUUAUCCAAGCAAAAUUAGCAGUAGAAAGUCCAAAAUUUUUCUACAUUCAACUCAUGAUUCACAUGUGACAUCAGUCCCAUCAGCUGGAACUAGCCUGGACAUAUGGUGCACUUUCCAAGAAAUAACAACAGGAAGACAAACACCUCCUCAUUUAAUGCAGCACAUCCAAAGUGGUUGUGGGGACCAUGGCUAAGUUUGAGCUUAGAGAUGUCUAGGAGGGACACACACUUCAUGAAUACUUACCACAACAGAAGCACAAACUUGUGCACAUGUCCAAGAAGGAUAUCUCAUUAUGUAAUAUAAAUGACAGGCUUCUAUUCCCAUUGUGUUUUGUAGAAUGUGAUAAAGCAAACAAGAAAAAUGGAAGGAGGACAUAGACUGGUUUGAAUACCUGAGUGCUGUACUGUUUUGUUCUGUUUUGUUUAAUCCAGCUACAGUUUUUUCACACAACAGGAUAAAAAUGUAUAAUCUCAUGACUUCUGUUUAAGCUAGGUAAUUAUUUGCAUGGCAAACAAAUUUUUAUUUUAACUUUGAUAUUGGUUUUUUCAUGCUGUUUUAUUUUUUCUUAAUUAUGGUGUUCAAAUUCCUUCACAUCUGAUUGUUCACAGGAACCAAACUAAAUUAAAAGCUGCAGAUAGUGAUGGUGCUUGUUAGGGGUCAAGGGCAAUACAGUACUUCUUUAUCCACUGCGAUCCUUCCAGAGCAGAGACUUAACACCUCAAAGUCACGUGGAUUUGUGUCAAAAUAGACAUCCAGCUUCCUUUAGCAUUCAGUGAAGGGGUAUUCCAGAAAACAGUGUUUUCAGAAAAACAGUUGCAGGCUCCAAAGACAUUCUAACCUCUCAAUUACAUUUGAUAAAAAAAUCCAAGCAUAAUGGUCCUUUGCUAUUUUUCUAACCUUAUUGUCCACAUUGUCUGUAAUAUGUCAUAAAUGAAAGUGUUUUUCUUCACUGGGAAAAGAAGAGCUAAAGGGGCCCUAUUGUUGAAGUGUCAUAUUGUUGCUUUUAAUAUGGUAAACAGGAAGAAAUGUGAGAAAUGUAAGACAAAGUUAAUUUCAUAUGAAGCCAUGCCUUGUGCUCAUUAUGUCAGUCUGUGUCUGGACAGUGCAUUAAUUAUCUUCCUUGCACUCUAAAAUGAAACAUUCUUUUAGUAAAAAGUAUUUGCUAUGCCUAGCACUCCUUGCUGCUGUGUAUUUAUUGUUAAUCAGGGACUAUAUAUAUAUUGGGUUGUUGGAAAAGUC